UAGUUUAAUUUUCAGUAUUUAAAUCUAGUCAUUAAUAAUUAAUUAAUUAAUUAAAACAACAAAACUAACCAUGAAAGUUUUAUUAAUUGCUACAAUUUUGUUAGCAAUUUAUUUAAUAGAUGAGACCGAAGCUACCGGUGCACAGAUAGUUGCGGCCGCCCGGACGCAAAUAGGCGUUCCCUAUUCGUGGGGUGGGGGCGGCUAUAAGGGUAAAUCAAAGGGAAUUGACCAGGGUGCCCAUACAGUGGGUUUCGAUUGCUCCGGCCUAGCUCAGUACGCUGUCUAUCAUGGUACCGGGUCGGGCAAAAUUAUAGCCAGGGUAGCUGCCUCACAAUAUGCCGAUAAACAUUGUCAUCAUGUUAGUUGGGGACAGCAUCAGCCAGGUGAUCUAGUAUUUUUCAACGAUGGCGGAUCCAUACAUCAUGUUGGUAUAGUAUCCAGUGCUACACAUAUGAUACAGGCGCCGCAUACGGGCGAUCAUGUUAGGGAGUCGGCCAUACCUACUACCGGUCGGAUGGCCCAGGUUACACGUUGUUAUUAAUUUAAAUAAUAAUAAUAAUAAUAAUAAGCUAGCUAAAUUGUUGUUUUUAAUUUUUAAGG